AUGUUUUGACGAUUGUUAUGCGUAAUGAAGCCUGUUUUUUCUUCAGAGGGAAUUAAAUACUGUGAAUGUUGCACUAGAUGGAAUUAUAUUUAAUCUCUUGUGAGUCGUGCUCACACGGCCACUUGGACGACGUGACGUCAAAGCUCAAGUUUGUGUUUAUGAAGUAUUGCUAGCUAGCGAGCUUGUGUUGGCUAAUUGCUACAUGGGAGUAACGUUAAGCCUGGCUGUCAAACAUCAAGCCUACAUCGAUUUUCUCAUGGUGUUACUUGGAUUCUCGAGUUUACCCUCAUGCUUGUCGUGUCCUGUCGAUAAGAGAUGCAGAGUGGGCAUAACGAUAUAGGGUUUGUGCAGCAAAUUCUCAGUUUGAAUUUGGUUCCAAGAAAACAUGGCCCCAAUUGCGCCAACGAUACAUCGCUGUGCGACUUUUCAGAGAUGUGGUAUGGCGUGUUCCUGUGGACGGCCGUCUCCUCGCUGAUGUUCCACCUGCCGGCGGCCCUGCUGGCCCUCUUCACACUACGGCAGCACAAGAUGGCGCGCUUCAUGCCCAUCGCCAUCGUGCUCAUGGGCGUCUUGGGCCCGCUCACCGGCGGUGUCCUCACCAGUGCGGCGAUAGCUGGGGUGUAUAAGGCUGCCGGGAAGAGGAUGAUCUCUCUGGAGGCGCUGGUGUUUGGCGUGGGCCAGUCCUUCUGCGUGGUCAUCAUCUCUUUCCUCAGAGUCCUGGCUUCGCUGUAGCACGAGGCUCCGGCACGCAUGAAGUGCCACCACAUGGGACGUACAGAAAUAAAGAGAAGAAAGAAAGAAAGAAAGAAAGAAUGAGAGACGAUAUGCAAUCAGUGUUCACUCACAAAGAGGACACCUUAUGCAAGACUCAGCUGUACCCCCUGCAGAGGCCUUAUAUAUCCCCCAGGUGAAGAGCUGACGAAUUUAGUUUCUUUGACAAUGUCGUUCCUUCUGUGAAAUGACAUGGUGUGUUUUGGGUUUAUUUUUUUUCUUCAAGGGUUGUCUUUAGGAAGGUGGGUAGACGCGUAGGGAUUGCUGUCGUUAUUAAACUAAACUAACGCAAUAUGGAGAGGAGGAGAACAAUCAGGGGCAGGCCAGUUCUUGUUUUGAUGUGGAUGGAGAUGUCCUGCACACAAUCCACUUUGUUUGAAAUUAGAACAUUCCAGACUCGAGAGAUGGGGCAGAUGUUCUGAAGCCUUUUAAUUUGAGCGGCACUCAACGAGAGCAUCUCUGUGUUAUUAGAACUGAAUCCUUGUCCUUCCCUGAGUAGUUUUGUAUUGAAAAAGUUGUAUCGUACAGAAUGUAUACUAUGAUCCAGCAGCUGUGUGAUAUAACGGUAACGGACCGAUUGAGUUCAUGAUACUGGAGUUCAGCGUUGAUUUCAUUCCAACUCUAAGCCUUUCUCCUAAUCUUGUAUGUGCACUGUCGGCCAUGAUGGAGCCAGACAAAUGUGUGUGAAAUGAACUGUACAUACUAAAACCCAUUCCAGCUUUCUAAUGAGGGGGGGGCAAGGUGUGUUUGUGUGUGCGCUCAGACGGAAGCUCUCUUAAGAGCCAAAAGAACUCAGUCUUGCUCAAUCUAGCUCAGUCUUGUCUUGGAAAGGAAACAGAAACACUACACAUAAUAUCAUAGCUCUUGUUGUGAGGGUGCAGGCAGUACAGCUAUUUAUUUCCCUCACUGAGUCAAGAACAAUUCAUAUUUAAUCUUAAGACUUUUAGAAACCCUUUUAGGAUUUCUGUAGUCUCAGAUUUUUAGAUUGUGUUCUUUGAAAGGCAACUUGGCCUCUCUUUCCUUUGCUUUUUACCUGACUUAAUUGGGCCUUUUUUAUUUUGUACAGCAUCUCAUAAUCGAUCAUAAUGUUGUCUCAAUGUUUGCUAUGCUCAAAAACACACUUGUGCUGACCUCACUCCAUAAGCCUACAUGAAUGUGAAUCAGAUUUCUUUAAUCCCGUAGUUACUAAGCUUUCUUAAACCUUUACCAAAGAGAUCUUAACGUAUUGUACAGAUCAUUUUACUUCUCAGAUUGAUUCUUUGCUGUCUCGUGUUUUUUUUUGUUUGGUUUUGUGUGUGUGGGAGAGGAACAUUGCUGCAGUAGAUGCUUGGGUAACAAUGCUGAUCAUGCUUGAUUGAACUGAUAGCUAAACACAGUCUAGGGCUGCACCCAACUUCCUGGGAAUACUCCAGAGUGUGGAUCAUCUCCCCCCCCCCUCAUUUCAGAUGAAUGAGAUGUUAAAAUCAUAUUCACAUAUUUGCAACAGGUUAAGUGAAGGGAGACGCUUUGGUUUCUUUUUCAAGUAAUAUGUUCAUUACCCAAAAUUCCCCUUUGAGUUAAAGAACAGCUUGGUCCUCUCGGCUAGGUUGUGAGACAUUCUAUAUUUGCUUGAACUCCCUCUUGGAAGGGGUUAAUCACAAUUUUUCUCAAUCUCCUUAAACAGGCCUCAGGAAGCUAUUUUUGUGUGGAUAUUUUCAAAAGGAACGGGGUGUUUGUUGUUGGUAACCUCUCCUGAAUGGAGCCUUUCAGUAGGUAAGCGGACUAAAACUGAAACAGUGGCCAUGAAGAUUCUGGCAAGCAGUAAAACUCACUGAAAGCAAUGCAUUGCUAAACUGGGCCUAUGGUCUCUUAAUUCCAGAAAUAUAUUUAUUUUUCUAAAGGUAUUUUAUCAUCCCUUAUAAAAAUCGUUGAAAGGCUUAACAGUACUGUUGAACAUUUUUUUUAUUGUUUUGGGAAUCGUCAUGUUUGGAGAAGAACAUGAUUUUACUGUUAUUUAACAUGAUGUGGGUUCUUCUUUUUUUCUUUUCUAGGUAAGGUUGAUUUUAUUACUGUAAAUUAAGUGCCAAUUGUUAAUAUUUUCAUGUAAUAAAAUGUUUCAGAUUAUA